GCAUCGCGUCAGUCCCACCGCGUCAACACUACACCACGCACGCGCCGGCUGCGCACGCGCAGAAAUCAACACAUCUCGUGUCAUCAUCACAAACAUUUUUAAAAAGAGAACCCUUUACGAAUUUUGAACAAUUCCUUUUUUUAUUUUAGUUCUUUUUUUGAACCAGUGUUGUGUCAGUGAAUGUGAACAGAUUGUUUUUUUUUAUGUUAGAAAGUGUUCCUACCUGCCAGGAGUGUUUUUCUAUAGUCUACCGAUGGCGGCACGGUGACCGAAGAUGAGCGCACGCGCACUGGCGCUGUGGUGCGUGCUGGUGGUCGCGGUGAGCGCCCGCGCCGCCGCAUACACCGUCGACUGCAACCACGAGUACACUGACUGUGAUACUGAGCUCAGCAAAAUAACAGGUGAAGAAGAUGACGUGCGUAAGCCACCUGUACGAAAGAUCACAUCAGAAGAACCAAAACUUUUAACAACAAGCUCAACAACGUCCACAACCACCACAACAUCAACAACAGAAACUACAACGACAGAACAUAAAACAGAAACAGAAACAGAAGCAGAAGUGGAAGCGGAAACAGACUCAGAAAUAGAUCCCACACCACUGUCAGAAGUUGGUGAAUCUAUUAUGCCGCCACAAGAAGGGGCCAAAACAAGGGCUAGACUCCUGAACUUAAAUGUUGAUGAACUACAAAAUUUCGCCAUAGCACUACAUAAUGAAACAAAUGCAAAAGGUCACAAGAAACAUUUAUCAGAUUUAAGUGACGUCAAUUUAGAUGUGGAUGAUGACGAUGAACCUAGAAUGAUACCUAUAGAUCAGAAACAAAAAGAUAUACCUGAAAAGUUUUACACUAAUCUACAGGCUCCAUUCCAUCCACUGAUGACGGCUGAGAGAGGCUCAGAGGAAAUGGAUACGUGUAAAGAAAACGAGAUUACAUACAAGAUCGGAGAGCGCAUGGACAGAGGCUGUGAAGAGACUUGCGAGUGCAUCGCUGGCGGUAUAUUCGACUGUUCGCCUCGCUGCAAGCAUCCUUACAUCCGUCGAGGAAGAAGACUCAACGAUCCUCUGUGCUUCGAGUCGCCUGUCGACGAGUGCUGCUCUAUUAUAGCCUGUGCUACUGGUAGUGGUGAUAAUUCACAAAAGGUGGUCAAGCCGGAAGUGUGCAGAUAUGGAAACGACACGCAUCCCGUCGGAUCCCAAUGGAAUAUCGGAUGUGAGCAGACUUGCAUUUGUGAACCUAACUCCAUUGUGACGUGUAAACCCAGAUGCAACCCCCUCCCGGUAUCAGACAAAUGCAUCAACGUACAGGAUCCGAACGACGCGUGCUGUGAGGUGCAAGUGUGUGACGUCAGCCAUGAUGUUCACGAGGAACCUGAGAACUCCACCACAUCCACUACUUCCACUACUGAGGUAGAAGUUACGAUCAAAGGCUUCGAAGAUUACGAAGAACAAUUGGAACAUAUUCAAACCAGACCCCUCGUCCUGGCUGAACCAAUAGGCUCAGUAAAAGUUCUCCAAAACAACUCUGUUCAAGUUAACCUGAUGCAUUUGAACGAAAGUGAAGACCCAAUCCAUCUUCUCCUAAGCAAUGAUGGAGGGAAGUCUUUCAGUGACGUAGAAUUGAAGUACUCCAAUUUAAUUCUCAACCUAGAAGGAGGAAAAGACUAUAUCCUGAAAACUAAGGAAACAGGAACUAAGUUCAACUUUACUAUAACGGCUUCUGAUAAUGGAGGAGCAAAUGAGGGACCGACUCACGUGCCUGAAGUACCGAGUGAGGUACCUAAUGAGGUACCCAAUGAGGAUAUAAGGGAUAACGUUUCGAAGAUCGGAUGCGUACAUGAAGGACAGUUUUAUGAAAUUGGCGACGAGUUCCACAUCGGCUGCACAGAGCUGUGCGAGUGCGUGGGGCCCGACCAACACGAGUGUGCGGCCCUAGUGUGUCCCUCACACGUAGGCCUAGAACUCGUGUCCAAAGGCUGUGUGAGAUGGGCCCCGUCACCUCCUGCGACGCCGCCCAACUGCUGUCCUAGGUCUGCCAGAUGUCUCAGCGAUGGGACGUGCCAUUAUAAAGGAGUUGCAGUGCCAAAUUGGAGUGAAGUACCUAUAAGCCUAACUGGUUGUGAACAACGCUGUUUCUGCGAGAACGGAGACCUGGACUGUCAAGAUGUCUGCUCCCCCCUCCCCGCCGUGCCCCCUCAGACGUUGCGGUGCCCUCCCGGCCAUCGGCCAGCGGCUGUCAAUAUAUCUGAUGAAGACUGCUGUAAGCAGUGGGGUUGUGCGGCUCAUGCAGGUGUAAUGACAACGGAUGGGCCACAUCAGCAGUCAUUUUUGCCUACCAUACCACCGGACACCCACUAUCCUCCGGAUGAGAGCAUUCCGGACUAUGAUCAGAAUAAUAUCCAUCGGCCAAUAAGCCCUGCAGAGCCGGCAUUGCACGGUCUACCACCAGGGUUGACUCUACCGCCAGGGUAUGGAGACUUGAAUAAGAAGCUGACCGUGAUAUCCAUGCAAGCGGAUUCGCCGACCAGUGUAAAGAUGCUAUUUGGAUUGCCACCUGUGCUGGUUGGGUUGAGAGGCAGCGUGGAUCUAAGAUACACUGAUAAGGCUGAUGAGGACAUUACCAACUGGUUCUCGCAAGUGUUCGCGCCGGCUGACGAGGUGCUCACGACCCCUCGCCUGGAGUUCACACUGACUGGUCUCACUCCAGGCACUACGUACAAGAUUAGAGGAAAGCUGUACUUGCACAAUCUGCCUGUUGAACCGGAGAGUGAGAUCUACACUGUGAGGACGCUGGAUUCUCCUACGACCCCAACCGUAGAAGAAAAGAGACGAGAGAUAGACAGCCGCCUUACAGUGGUGGAUGUCAACGAUACAACAGCCCACGUCUCUUGGAGACGAUUCCUUGAUGAUGAGCUGCAGUUCAUAGAUGCUAUACAAGUCAGAUACCGUCCAGUAGGUACUCCGAUCUACAGCAUGACAGAACUGCUUCACCACAGUCGGUCUACUGCAGAGCUCAUAGACCUAAGACCUGGAAGCCGCUACGAGGCUUCUCUAGUUCUAGUGCCUCCGCCUAAAGCUACUACUGAGCUGACUGACCCUGGGAAAGUGGAGUUCACUACUGCUCCUUAUGUUGAUCCAUACAACUGGACGGUGACAAUAUCCGCGCGGUCCGUCGGGUCGGGCGCGGCGGAGGUGUCGUGGCGCGGCGUGCCGGCGCCGGCGGAGCGCUGGGCGCGCGUGUUCCGCGCGGCGCACGCCUGCGGAGGCGCGCGGGAGCACGACGCAUUCAGUUUAGCUGCGAGGGAUCUGUCGCCUGUGUUGAUGUUGACUGGGUUGCAGCCUAAUUCUAAGUGCCGUAUCUGGCUAGAGAUAUUCCUGACAAACGGAAAAGUCAAGACCAGCAACGUAUUAGAAAUUACCACAAAAUCUGAGGACGCUCCUGAAACUGUCGACAAUGAGGUAGAAGCGUCAUCAGUAGCAGGUCGUCACCGCGGCGACUACUACGGAGCACUCGUGGGAGUGGGAGCGGUCGCCGCUCUGGGCGCUCUCACGUCACUGCUCUUACUGCUCGUAGUGCUCCGGAGACAUCGACCCAGAUCCGUGCCUAUUACUACAGUGCCAUCUGCCCCGAGAGAGUCGUCUCUACCGCCGUACGACAACCCGGCGUACAAACUAGAGUUACAGCAGGAAACCAUGGAUCUCUGACAGUUAAGUUCCCGUGGGCACUCUAACGGGCUCAACGGGAUCUCGGAACGCGCCGUCGACGUCGACAUGAACGGCCGGCCAUACAACGAGAUGGGUGUAUGAGCCCAUACAUACAAACAAACUGUAUUACCAAAACGUUUUUCAUACUCAACCAAUAGCAAAGACAAUAAAAAAAAACGAGAAUGACAUUCAUUACCAUGAUAUUUGUAUGGAAAAGUGAAUAAGUCUUGAGUGCGUGAUUGUACCAAAAGAAACAUUGAAGUUUGUGAAGUGAAGUGAAGACAAAAUUAGUGUAUUUUGUACUUAUAUUUAAGUAUAGUUUCGUCAUACAUAAGUUAUGUCUACCAUGCAUUAGUCGUAAAAAUAUAUCUUUUAAUUAAAAGAAAAAGAUAUAUUGCGAGAUUAGUAGAAAAAUGUAUGGAAUUUAAUUUAAGACAAAAUACUGUAAAGUUAAAGACAAAACUGUAUGAUAUACCUACAGCGUAAAGUUUCCUAACAUUAAAAUGCAUUAGGUUAGUAAAAACAUAAUAAAUAGAUUUAAAUAUAUGUAAAAGUAAAUACCUAAUGUGAUAUCCAGUAAAAACAUAAGCUAUGUCACUUUUCUGUUUGAUUUCAAAUAGGUACCUAAUUUGUUUUUACAUUAAAUUACAUAUUCAUUGUCAUGUUGAGAAAAAACCAGUUUCCAGUUUCCAUUUUCCAUAAAACAUGAUAUCAAAUGUAUGCUAUGUAUAAAGCUAGUACCUACUUAAAUUUAUUAAGUAUAUCCAGAAGUCUUGAAGUAUAAAGUCAGAUUUUUAAAAAUUAAUGUUGCAAUUUUAAACCGGUGUAUCAUACUUGAAAGUCUUACUUUUACUUUAUUAAUUAAAAACUGUCAUUGUAAUAAUGCAUUAGAAUAGUAAAAAAAAACUUUGACGUUUCGUGCCUACGUACAGUCGAGUACAAAUGCCUUCACAUUUCAUCUUAUAUAUAAAAAUUUCGAAAAAAAUAUUCUCAACUCAUUCAAAAAAAUAUUGUUGUUUUCUACAUUCCAUUCCACGAUUGUAUAUAUUGUAAUAAAUAGUGUUAUACUUAAUUUCAAUACACUUGUGUAUAGUUAUUGUAUGAUAAACAAACUGCCGAUACAUUUGUUAAUGAAAAUUAAAUGUUAAAACAUAUAUUUUUUAAUUUUAUUUACUUCAUGGAAGACCAACUAUUUUCCUCUGUUUGUCUUUUAAUUUUCUAAUAAGAAUUACUUAGUGUGUCUUAGUUACAUACUUACCAUUUAAGCACUUGAUUCCGACUGGAGAUUUGGUACCUGCAGAAGUUUGAAUCAGGCAGGCAAGUGCCCAUAAAUAUUUUCACUGUCUAGAAAAAGCUUACUAGAUUUUCAGAAGGGAGAGAUACUACUUCAACAAUUUUGUCAUGCCCGCACUAUGUUAUGAUUUGGGUUAGGGACAGCAAACCACUACCCUUAAAAUCAUUAUAAAAGGGAAAGGAGUGUCAAUUACAAAAACGUCAUUUAAUUCAAAUACAACACCAAAUCACAUUAUAUUUUCUAUAAUAAUAGUACAUAAUAUAUUUUUCUUUAUAUGUUUUUUAUUUUUUAAUUUCUUAACCAUUAUCCUAACGACUUUGUAAUAAACCUACGGUUAUGCCCAUAAAUGUAAAAUACAUAAUGUUACUCGGUUAAUAUGGAAGUGAAAAUGCUUGAAAAUUGUAUUUUAAUAAUAAAAUUUAUUGUUUAAGAAAAUAGAUGCAAAGAGGCUGUUGAUAAAUAACCAUAUUAAUGUAAGUGGGCCCCAAAAGGAAGUUUAAUCAUGUUGUCAUAUAAAUAGCUUUAUUAUAUCUUACUUGAUAACGAUAAUUUUCUAAUAUAUUCUUUGUAAAUACUCUAACAUACGUAUCAUUCGACACAGUAUUGAAACACAAGAGUUGUUCAAAUGAGCUUCAUUUAGCUGGGUUAAAUCAAGGCCAUUUGAAUUAAAUAAAACUAAUAUAACAAUCAUAUAAUAAAUGAACUGAAAUUGAACUACUCGUUCUACAUUUUAAAACAUGAAAAUAACAAAAAUGCAAAUAAAUAUUUGUUAAAAAUCUUGUUCAACUUCGAGUUUUAUCAAUUAAUAGUUAAUUUGUGUUUAGAGUUCGGCACAAUAUGACGUUACCUGAUAUGUCCGUCUGUCUAUGUAAGUCUAGAUUUAUUUAUGUUCUAGAUUAAUAGAAGAUGAACAAAAUUCAUAUGAAACAAAUUUGUUUCUAUUCUACUGCGAAAUUUGUUACAAAAAUAAUGUCAUUUCAAUUUACAAUGUAGGAAGAAUAAUUUUCAAAUUCCGCUCGCAAUUUUGUCUUUAUGGCGAUUUUUUUACCAUCCAACAUUCAAAAGAAAUAAACAUUUGUUGGCUAUUUCUUUGUCAAAUUGGGUUUUUUUCAUAAGUUGGUAACAAAAAACGUGAAUGACUAGAAAGGAUUAACAAACUAAAUAUUUCAUUGAAAUAAUUUCUUUCUUUAAAACGUGACUGGUUCAAAGGGGGGAAAAUAUGGAUAAAAUAAAAUUAUUUUCAGCCAAAGAAAAAUAAUUAAUUCUGUUUCGGGUAACUUUAGUUAAGGGUUAUUUUUUAUUUUAUUUUUCUUUGACCGCUUUCAAUAAAAAUGGCAGUGUGAUAUUAGACAUAAGUAAAUAAAAUACAUUCAAGGAAUCAAUCCAACCUAUCAAUUCCCAUUUUUGCGAAAAAAAGGAAAAACUAUUUUUACCGCCACUUUUAUUGUAACUCCCAUUAAUAACAAACGGUAACAGCAAAUUAACGUAUUUUUUAAAGUAAGCAAAAAAAAUA